GAGCUCACGGCGGGGGACGGGGUGCCGAGGAAUUAGCAUUUAGGGCCUGAACUCGGAGUGGGGCACUCAGGGGCGGGGAUUGGACGUCCUGUCUCCGAAGGAUGGUCCAGGUGUGUGCUCUGGGAUCCUUUAGAACAGAAGGCUGGACAGGCACCCCGAGAUGACCUAAUCGGUAGAUCCGGGAGCCAACACGAGGCGAGAAAAACCCAGAUACUGAUUCCACAACCUCGUCCUACACGUCUCAGAUCCCAGGAAUCCCAAGCAGUGGGGAGAUGAUAGGCAGCUCAACGUUUUAGGAUUAGCCAAUUCCUUUCUCCUUUGAAAAUGGUGGGGAGGACGACCAGCACGUAGUCCUGAAUUCGCGCCUUCCCAGUACGCGACCGCAGACCAGGCGGCGGCGCGGACGCUCUAGCGAGCCGGCGCCCUCUCGUUUGCUGCCCUCUUUCUGGGGCACCCUGGGCGCCGCCAUCUUCCCUCCUUAGAGGGCGGGGCGGGGCCACAGCAGUCACGUGAGGAGCCAGCCCCAGAUCCGCCGAGGCUCCCAGAAGACACGGUGCACGGUUACAAAGGGCCACCGGAAUGCCAGGGACUGAUGGAAGUACCGGAGCUAGAGCAGCAAAGAAAAGUUCCUGUUUCGUGGAGCUUAACUUUUCUGUUGGGACUAGGCAGUCGAUGAACAAGAUAAACACUUUAAAGGCAUCUAUUAGAUGUGUUAAGCGCUCUGGUUAAGGAAAAAAAAAAUAGGAAAGGGGGAUAAGCCCUAGGAAAGUGGGAUGGGAAGGAAGGUGUAGUUCACAUUUAUUUAUUUAUUUAUUUAGCUUUUUAGGGCUGCACUGUGGCAUAUGGAGGUUCCCAGGCUAGGGGUCCAAUUGGAGCUACAGCUGCCGGCCUACACCACAGCCACAGCAAUGUGGGAUCCAAGCCGCGUGUGCGACCUACACCACAGCUCUCGGCAACGCCGGAUCCUUAACCCACUGAGCGAGGCCAGGGAUCGAACCUGCAACUUCAUGGUUCCUAGUCCGUCCGCUGUGCCACGACAGGAACUUCUGUAGUUCACCUUUAAAUGGGACUGGCAGAGAUUUCACUAAGAAGGUAAUAUUUGAGUCCAAAAGACAAAGGAGGCUCCUGUCCUGUGCUGCCACAGCAUUCUUGGCAACAGCCCAGAGGUCCUCGUGGGGCAAGAUCAGGGAUGAGGAGAGGUGAGGGCAGGAUACGGGUCAGGUAGGGCUUCAUGGGGCGAUUGCCCAUAUAAUAUAUAGACCACUCUGGGUCACUUCUGAGCAAAGGAAAUGCUAUUAAUGCUUAGGCCAUGGCAAAGGUGUAAACUGUGGCAGUUGGACGGUAGUCUGAAACAAGAGGCCUCAUAACCCACUGUUGGCUUCCUCUGCCUGCUCUCGGCCAUGGCCAGUGAGAACUCUCCUCUGCUGGCCUACCGGCUCCUGGGGGAGGAGGGGGUUGCCUUCCCUGCCAAUGGGACCGGGGGUCCUGGAGGGGCAUCUGCCCGGAAGCUCUCCACCUUCUUGGGUGUGGUGGUGCCCACCGUCCUGUCCAUGUUCAGCAUAGUUGUCUUCUUGAGGAUUGGGUUCGUGGUGGGCCAUGCUGGGCUGCUGCAGGCUUUGGCCAUGCUCCUGGUUGCCUACUUCAUCCUGGCCCUCACUGUCCUCUCCGUCUGUGCCAUCGCCACCAAUGGAGCUGUGCGAGGGGGCGGAGCCUACUUCAUGAUUAGCCGGACCCUGGGGCCUGAAGUCGGGGGCAGCAUCGGCCUCAUGUUCUACCUGGCUAACGUCUGUGGCUGUGCCGUCUCCCUGCUGGGGCUGGUGGAGGCCAUACUUGAUGUCUUCGGGGCUGAUGCUGCAGGGUCCAGUGGGCUCCGGGUCCUGCCCCAGGGCUACGGCUGGAGCCUGCUCUAUGGCUCCCUGCUUCUGGGCCUGGUGGGCGGGGUCUGUACGCUGGGGGCCGGCCUCUACGCCCGAGCCUCCUUCCUCACGUUCCUGCUGGUCUCUGGUUCCCUGGCCUCGGUGCUGGUCAGCUUUGUGGCUGUGGGGCCCAGGGACAUCCCCUUGACCCCUCGGCCUGGCCCCAACGGCUCCUCCCUGCCACCCCAGGUCGGCCACUUCACUGGCUUCAACAGUAGCACCCUGAAGGCCAAUUUGGGCGCUGGCUACGCCAAGGACUACACCACAGGGGCUGUGAUGACCUUUGCCAGCGUCUUUGCCGUCCUUUUUAAUGGCUGCACGGGCAUCAUGGCCGGGGCCAACAUGUCAGGGGAGCUGAAGGACCCCAGCCGGGCGAUCCCCCUGGGCACCAUCACUGCUGUUGCCUAUACUUUCUUCAUCUACAUCCUGCUUUUCUUCCUCUCCAGCUUUACCUGUGACAGGACCCUGCUGCAGGAGGACUACGGGUUCUUCCGCGCCAUCAGCCUGUGGCCCCCGCUGGUGCUGAUCGGCAUCUACGCCACAUCGCUCUCAGCCUCCAUGAGCUCCCUCAUCGGUGCCUCCCGCAUCCUCCACGCCCUGGCCCAGGACGACCUCUUUGGAGUGAUCCUUUCACCGGCCAAGGUCGUAUCCCGAGGGGGGAACCCCUGGGGGGCUGUGCUCUAUUCUUGGGGCUUGGUGCAGCUGGUGCUCCUGGCUGGGAAGCUGAACACACUGGCCGCCGUGGUCACUGUCUUCUACUUGGUGGCCUAUGCUGCCGUGGACCUGUCCUGCCUGAGCCUGGAGUGGGCCUCGGCCCCCAACUUCCGCCCCACCUUCAGCCUCUUCUCCUGGCACACCUGCUUGCUGGGCGUGGCCUCCUGCCUGCUCAUGAUGUUUCUCAUCAGCCCCGGGGCUGCCGGCGGCUCCCUGCUUCUCAUGGGCCUGCUUUCUGCCCUGCUCACAGCGCGAGUAGGCCCCAGCAGCUGGGGCUACGUCAGCCAGGCUCUGCUUUUCCACCAGGUACGUAAAUACCUGCUCCGGCUGGACGUCCGCAAAGACCACGUGAAGUUUUGGCGGCCCCAGCUGCUGCUCCUGGUGGGGAACCCCCGGGGCGCACUGCCUCUGCUGCGGUUGGCGAACCAGCUCAAGAAAGGGGGCCUCUAUGUGCUGGGCCACGUCACCCUGGGGGACCUCGACUCCCUGCCCUCGGACCCGGUGCAGCCACUGUACGGGGCAUGGCUGAGCCUGGUGGACCGGGCCCAAGUGAAGGCGUUCGUGGACCUCACCCUCUCGCCUUCCGUGCGCCAGGGGGCUCAGCAUCUGCUGAGGAUCUCAGGUCUUGGUGGCAUGAAGCCCAACACACUGGUCCUGGGUUUCUACGAUGAUGCUGCGCCCCAGGACCACUUCCUGACAGAUCCAGCUUUCUCUGAGCCUGCUGAUGCCACCCAGGAGGGCGGGUCCCCAGCCCUGAGCACCCUGUUCCCUCCACCCCGGGCUCCUGGGAGCCCCCGGGCUCUCAGUCCCCAGGACUAUGUGGCCACUGUGGCAGACGCCCUGAAGAUGAAUAAGAAUGUGGUUCUUGCCCGGGCUUGUGGGGCCCUGCCCCCUGAGCGACUGAGCCGGGGUUCCGGGGGUACCUCUCAGCCACAUCAUGUGGACGUGUGGCCCCUCAACCUGCUGCGGCCCCGGGGUGGACCUGGCUACGUGGACGUCUGCGGCCUCUUCCUGCUGCAGAUGGCCACCAUCUUGGGCAUGGUGCCUGCUUGGCACACUGCCCGCCUCCGGAUCUUCUUGUGCCUGGGGCCUCGGGAGGCCCCAGGGGCAGCCGAGGGGCGGCUCCGGGCACUGCUGAGCCAGCUGAGGAUCCGGGCAGAGGUGCAGGAGGUUGUGUGGGGUGAGGGGGCUGGGUCCGAGGAGCCUGAGGAGGAGGAGGAGGGGGACUUUGUGAAUGGCAGGCGCGGAGACGCAGAGGCAGAGGCCCUGGCACGCAGCGCCAACGCCCUGGUUCGGGCCCAGCAGGGGCGCGGCAGAGGAGGAGGGCCUGGUGGGCCUGAGGGUGGGGAUGGCGAGGAAGGGCCCACCACCGCCCUCACGUUCUUGUACCUGCCUCGGCCGCCUGCUGAUCCCUCUCGCUACCCUCGCUACCUGGCGCUGCUGGAAAUUCUGAGCCAUGACCUGGGCCCCACGCUGCUCAUUCAUGGCAUCACCCCUGUCACUUGCACUGAUCUCUGAUGCCGGUUCCUAGUAGAGAGUGUCCAGGUCGAGUGGCCCACUUUGCUUGGCGGGUUGAGGAGGGGAGGUGCUGCCUCUUGCCCUCCUUGUACUUGGGACUCGGACCCUGGUGGAGGUAUUAGGGGAACCUGGUCUUUGGGAGAGGGUCCUCGCUGUGCCCAGGGCAGCUGAGCCGGCGGCCACCACUGGCGAGAAGUCAGCAGCCCUCCCCCACGCUGGCCUCCCUCCCUUCACUGGUGCCUUGACGGGGCUGGGUCUCCGCUUGUGACUCUAGGCUACCUCAGUCUCCCCGCCCCUUGCCCAGUAGACUCCUCACCCUUGAGGUUGUGAUGUUUUUGUUCCGUUUUAUUUUUCUAACUGCUGAAUGUGAAUA